AAAAAUGGAAUAAUUAAAAUAAUGUCAGCAACAUCUGCAUUUGGAAUGGGAAUAAAUGUAUCCGAUAUUACUUUAAUAAUACAUACCACUUUACCUUUAUCAAAUGAACAAUAUGUACAAGAAAUUGGACGUGCUGGUUGUUUAGGUCAAGGAUCAAAAGCCAUAAUGUUCUAUUCACGUGAAGACAUCCGUACUUUAUUAGCAAUUAUUGGUGGAGGACAGGAAAAGUAA